GUAUCCAAACUAACUUAAUUGGGUCUUGUUGAACCUGCUAAUUCCAAGUUACCAUGAAUGUAGCAUUUAAAAAAAGGACUACGGAAACAUUUCAGCAGAAAAACUGACAACUUCCUUCACGUUGGCGUGAUUUUAAAGGUUGCUAGGUGGUGUCGGUCUUCGUAAACCAACAGUACCGGAUCCGAACCGAGCCUGCGGGAUGGCUGGCUUGUCUUUAACUGUCAGACUGUGUUGUUUGGAGCGCAGGUUGAGUUCAGCAGCAGCCAGGACGAUCCGUGCAAAAGGUUUCGGUCCCUGCAGUUUGAGUCCAGUUGAAAGUUCAGGAUCUUUGUUCAGACAGGAGUCGUUUCUCCAGAGGAUAAUAAUCCGAGGGCUGUUUGGUGGUGAAUCCGUUCAGACUCUGCAGGAUGUCGCCGAAAGCAUCCGAGAGCGGCGCUGCAAAAGUGUGGUGGUGAUGGCUGGAGCCGGGAUCAGCACGCCGAGCGGCAUCCCAGACUUCAGGUCUCCAGGCAGUGGCCUGUAUGACAACCUGCAGCAGUACGACCUGUCGUACGCCGAGGCCAUCUUCGAGAGAUUCUUCCAUCGAAACCCAAAUCCCUUCUUCGCCCUGGCCAAAGAGCUGUACCCGGGUAACGACCAGCCCAACCUGACCCACUACUUUGUCCGUCUGCUUCACCAGAAGGGCCAGCUGCUGCGGAUGUACACGCAGAACAUCGACGGGCUGGAGAGACUUGCAGGAGUUCCUCCGGAGAUGCUGGUGGAGGCCCACGGCACGUUUGCAACGGCCACCUGCACCUCCUGCCUGCGGAAAUAUGACGGCGAGGAGCUCAGACCAGAGGUGAUGAGCGGGGCCGUCCCUCGCUGUCCCACCUGUAAGGGCGUGGUGAAGCCUGACAUCGUGUUUUUUGGGGAGGAACUUCCUCUGAGUUUCUUCAAGUACCUGACAGAUUUCCCGCUGGCUGACCUGCUGAUCGUCAUGGGAACGUCGCUGGAGGUGGAACCGUUUGCCAGCCUGGCGGGAGCCGUGCGCAGCUCGGUGCCCCGCCUCCUCAUCAACCGGGACCUGGUGGGGCCUUUCGCCUGGGGGCGGCGGCCUCAUGACGUCACUCGGCUGGGUGACGUGGUCAGCGGCGUGAAGGAACUGGACGCUCUGGACUGGGGUCAGGAGCUGGAUGCUCUAAUGGCGGCCGGAAGUCAGGAAGUUUGAUGGUUUUCCUGGGUUUCCGGGUUUGUUCAGGUUUGUUGGUUCUUCAGAAGGAACUGAGCAGAACUCAGUUUGUUGUUUGCUCUCAGUUUUAU